AAAUGCCAAACAAAUAUACUGCAAGAACACCAAAGCAAAAUAUAUCAAGAACUCCAAAACAACAACAUAUUAGAGACUUCAAAGAUUUAUACUUGCACCCUGAUAGAGCUCCAACCCGCUCUAUCACAUUUUAA